GAUAAAUGAAGGACAAAGUAUUAUCAUGCAUCUUCGGGUCUGAGCCCAGCAAUCGAUGAUCUGCAGCGGUCAUCAUGCGGUGUGUUCCGUAUCUAUCAUAGCAUUGAUAAGGCGGUGGAGCCAAAUUGCCGGCCAGGGUGUUGUCUGAUGACCUCAGUGCCCAACAGUCGCCUUGUUUUCUGGACUCGCCAGAACAUCCUUGUCCUACUAUUCUGGCUGGACUGCUGACUGCUUAUGACUCCACGGUCGCUGAUUAUCAUCCGAUCUGAACUUUCCCAAAGCCACUCCUGAUUGUUCACAAUUAUUCGAAGCCUGAAGGUGUCCGACUGUCUCACGAGACCACCGUUCCCCUCACCAGUAACGGCAGCUUGACAUUAAGCUCGAGGAUAUUACGAUCCCAGAACCUCCUCUAUUUUGCACUCCCAAUCAUAAUAAGCAUAACGAUGUGUAUCGCUUUAUUAUCGACAGCCCACCCGUCCUAUUCCUUGAUCAUCAUCGACAACAGGGAUGAAUACCUCCGUCGACCGACAUCUCCUGCGGACUGGUGGCCUGUGCCGGCGUCUAAUAUUAUAGGUGGCCGAGAUCUAGCGCGAGCACCACAUGGAACAUGGAUGGGAGUGACCAAGGAAGGAAAGGUGGCGGUCUUGACCAACUAUCGCGAGAACACAUCUGAACAGGCUAUUGGGGCGAAGAGUCGGGGAGCUAUUGUGUGUAGCUGGCUUGACGCGCCUUCGGAUCCGAAGCAGUCAACCCGGGAUUUUGUGCAGGGCAUGGUUGCGAGUCCCGACGCCAGAAAUGUUGGGGGGUUCAGUCUACUGUGUGGAUACCUUAAUGAGCCCCUGGCAAUCGUCUCCAACCGCUCGUCCACCAUGGACCAGAUUGCGUGGGUGGCUACGGAUCAAGGCCAGACGUUGGGUCUCAGCAAUACAGUCUUCGAUGAUCGGUCGUGGCCUAAGAUCCUUCACGGAGAGAGGUUAAUGAAUGAAGCCAUCGCUGCACACGUGAAGACUGGGGAGGACGAAGAUGCUCUCAUUGCCAGAUUUCUUGAUAUGCUGAGCACCAACACGCUUCCAAAACUCUCCGAAGAUGCCACUGCGGAGGAUUACCUCCCACAUUUCAGGAAGAGUAUCUUCAUUCCCGUGCUUGGUGCUCGGGAGAAGCCCGUCAAGCCGGCAGACACGGUAGUUCCAGUUUGCGUCGAUAGCCAGACGACCAAUGGCACAGCUGCUGAACAGCACCACGGAAUGGACCUGUCAUUCCUGCAUGGUGCGUAUGGAACUCAAAAACAGACGGUACUUCUGGUAAGUGAUAACGGACGUGUGCGAUACUUCGAGCGCACCCUUUAUGACGGGGAUGCAAACGCAAUCCCGAUCGGCCAGGGGGAUCGAUCACUCGAGUUCCAAGUCAGUCAAGGCCGAGAGUGA